CUCAACUAGCUCGAUCUACUGAGCUCUCUCAUUCCUUUCUUUCACAACUCUGCUCGGCACCCUUUUUUUAACAGCAGAUGAGCUGUUAAUUGGUGCUUUGAUCAGAUACCUUUUAUUUAUUAAAAAAAACACUCACUCUAACCUGCCCCAGUUGCAGCUUUGACCCAAUGGCUUCAGAGGAAUACAACUCGUCGGACUUGACGUCCAUCUUGAAAACACUAUCCGCCUUGUCCAAUCCAGCUUCUCAAAAUCAAGUCGAAUCUAUCCAGAAUUCUCAUCACCAAGAAGACAAGCCCGAAGAAGACUCAUACGAGCCAUCCGAUAUCAUACCUCCAAACACCGUUCCUUCUGUAGCUCAACGGAAUCCUGCCACCAGUGCUAUACCCCAGACCAAUUCCCAGUUAAACACUCCCGCAACACAACCUACAGGAAACACAAUCACAAUCGACCCAUCUACAAUAACUGCAUGGCCUGCAGCCCUGCGAUACGUGAUGCGAACCGUAUCGCAAAGCGAAGAAAUCCAACGUCGAAUCCGACGGUUAAUCCAAAGCCAACACGACCAUGAGAAACAAUGGUGGCAGGGCCGGGAAGCUCUCCUCAAGAAACAGAGUGCAAGAGUCGAGAAGAAAAAGGAAUUGGACGAGGUUCUGUGAGUUGUUAACGGGUAUAUACAUAUACUUACGGAACGUAUCUUCUGACCUCUCUCAAGGCGCUCUGUUGGAGCUCCGGUAGAUGAAAAAGAAGUAUCCGUAUGUUUAACUCACUGCACUGACUGUCAAAUGCAACCUAGGUUGUCCGACUCGCACAAUAAUACCUAGCACUCAAACAGCAGACUAACCGAAUACCUUGCUCACCAGACAGCCGAAGAAAACCAAGCAGAAAUAACAAACUACGAUUGCAAAGUAUACAAAGC